AUGCUCAGGCCGAGCUGGGUUACAUUAGCUGCCCGCGCCGCGCCACCGCCUGGAAACCCUCCCGCCGACGUCCCCGUGCCGCGCGCCCCUUCGCGGUCGCCGCCGUCGCCGCUCGGCCAGCCGUGGCCGCCCAGACCGCUCGGUCCGAGCAAGCCGCCGCUUCUUCCCGCGCCGCCGCCGCUCGGGCCACUCCUGGCACCCCUCCGGCCUCCUGCAACCUUCCUCCGCCGUCCCGGAGCUCCUCGGCCGCCGCCGUGGCCGCCAUUGCCCGUGGAACCCGAGCCGGAGCUCGUGCGGGCUGAGCUUGCUUUCCCGACGCCGCCGUCGCACCCCGCCGUCAAUCGAGAUGAGCACGUGCACGUGAGUGUGUUUGACCUCUGGACUAGUUGUCCAUGA